AAAAAGAUAACCCGGAAAUACAAUCUCUACUGUCGGCACAUUCUUUUUUCCGGUGGCUGGAGCCGUGGUUUGAGCGUGGAUUACAUCUGGGCUCAGUAAAAUACAUGAAAAUGAGUGUCCCCGCUUUUAUCGACAUAACAGAGGAGGAUCAGGCGUCUGAACUGAGAGCCUACAUCAAGGCUAAAGGAGCCGAGAUCUCAGAGGAGAACUCAGAGGGUGGACUUCAUGUUGACUUGGCUCAGAUCAUUGAAGCCUGUGACGUCUGUCUCAAGGAUGAUGAUAAAGAUGUGGAGAGCGUGAUGAACAGCAUCGUUUCUCUUCUCUUAAUUCUGGAGACGGAGAAACAGGAGGCCUUAAUCGAGAGCCUGGCAGAGAAGUUGGUGAAGUUCCGUGAGGGAGAACGUCCUUCCCUCAGGAUGCAGCUCCUUAGUAACCUGUUCCAUGGCAUGGACGAGAACGCCCCCGUGAGGUACACUGUGUACUGUGGCCUCAUUAAAGUGGCCGCAACCUCCCAUGCCAUUGCCUUCAUACCAACCGACCUCGAUCAGGUUCGGAAGUGGAUUAUCGACUGGAACCUGACCACAGACAAAAAACACACUAUGUUGAGGCUUGUGUAUGAAGCCCUGGUGGACUGUAAGAAGAGUGAAGCAGCGGCAAAGGUGAUGGUGGAGCUUUUAGGCAGUUACACAGAGGACAAUGCCUCACAAGCCAGAACGGAUGCCCACAGGUGCAUUGUCCGUGCUCUGAAAGACCAAAACACGUUCCUUUUCGACCACCUCCUGGCUCUGAAACCUGUCCGCUUCCUGGAGGGGGAACUCAUCCACGAUCUGCUCACCAUUUUUGUCAGUGGAAAACUAAUCGCAUAUGUGAAAUUCUACACGAGCAAUAAAGAUUUCAUUGAUUCUCUUGGCCUGUCACACGAGCAGAACAUGGCAAAGAUGCGCCUACUCACCUUCAUGGGUAUGGCUGUGGAGUUUAAGGAGAUCUCCUUCGACACCAUGCAGCAGGAGCUGCAGGUCGGUGCUGAAGAUGUGGAGGCCUUUGUCAUCGAUGCUGUUCGGACCAAGAUGGUGUAUUGCAAAAUUGACCAGACACAGCGAAAAGUUGUUGUGAGCCACAGUACACAUCGCACCUUUGGCAAGCAGCAGUGGCAGCAGCUGUCCGACAGCCUCAGCUCCUGGAAGCAAAACUUGGCCACUGUGAAGACCAGCCUUCAAGCCCUCUCCACCUCCUCUUAAACUAACCCCUCCUAAAAACAUCAGCUGUGGCUAUGAAUUUUUAUAUUCACCAAUAAAAGUUAAUGAAGACCA